AUGUCGACCGACUCGUUAGACUCGUUCAACUCGUCUGUGGGUGAUGCCUGGUCGGCGUAUGCCAAGGACAAGGCCGAGGACGCGGCGAGGCGGCGGGCCAAAGCCAGGGCCAAGGAGCGGUCGAGCAAGCGGGCAGGCGGUGGCGUGAGCGGCGGAGCUGCAGGCGGCGGCGGCGGCGCUGGCGGGAUGGGCUACGCCGGGGUGCUCUCGUCGGAGGGAUCGUUCUCGUCGCGCGGUGGCGGAGGAGUGUUUGGCGCCGAUCCGCUCUCAUCGGAUGCAUGGAGCCGGCGGUCGUCUGUGGCGUCUGCGGCGUCUGCGAUCUCGUCUGCAGGCGCCGAGUCUGCCGACUCGAUGUUUGCCGGCGUUGCCGACCGUGCGCGGUUCUUCCUCUUUGCCUCGUCAUGGCGACGGUUCUGCCACCGAAUUGUGACGUCGACGGCGUUCAAGACGGUGAUCUUUGCAGUCAUUAUCCUCAACACGCUCAUUAUCUCGCUGCAGACCUCGCGGCAGGUCCGGUUUGCCACGGCAUGGUACUUUGCCAUGAUCGACUCGGUCUUUCUCGGCAUUUACACCCUCGAGCUCUUGCUCAAGCUCUACGUCUUCCGACUCAAGUACUUUCGGUCAGGAUGGAACUGGCUCGACGCGGUCAUUGUGGUCCUCUCAUACCUUGAGUACGUCCAGUUUCUGGUCGUCUCGUUCUCGACGAUCAACCCGCGCAUUUUCCGGCUGCUGCGCAUUUUCCGGGCCUUCCGGGCGCUGCGGGCGCUCCGAGUCUUGCGGACGAUUUCGUUCCUCAAGCACCUGCAGAUCAUUGUGUCGACGCUGCUGUCGUCCAUUCCUGCGCUCGGCUCGACGGUCCUCAUUCUCGGCCUUGUCCUCUACACCUUUGCCAUCAUCGGACGCUCGCUCUACGGCGAGAUCUAUCCGCGGCGGUUUGGCACCCUGGGGCGGGCCUUCUUCUCACUCUUCCAGCUCAUCACGCUCGACGACUGGUUCGAGUUCUACGACACCAUCAAGGACCGCGACCCGACGGUCCUCAUCUUUCUCCUCGUUUUUAUCGUGCUCGAGGCCUUUGUCCUCCUCAACCUCGUCAUUGCCGUCCUUGUCUCGAAUCUGACCGAGGCGUCCAAGGCUACCUCGCGGUUUUACCGCAAGAAGCGGCGGGCGCGUCGGGCGGCCAUUGCUGAUGCGGUCCAGGGCGGCGCAGCGGGCGCCGCUGUCGCCGCCGCCACCGACCCGGCCGAUGGCGAUCCGCUGGCGGCUGCGGCUGCGGCUGCGGCUGCAGGCGCCGCCGCCGGCGCGCUCGCCCACCGAACGGCGUCGCGGCACUCAUCGCACGCCUCGUUGCUCGGUGCCGCCGAUCCGUUUCCGCUCACCGAUGGCCGCGACCUCAACGCGUACUACCCGUCGCUGGCGGUCCCGCUCCGCGACAAGCAGCUGAUGUCGCACUUUUUCCAGCUAGCAGCCUCGCUCGAGCACAACCUCGAUGUCUACCAAUCGCAGCAGCGGUCGCUUGAUGACCUAGUUGAUCUCGGCGAAGAAGUCGAAGAUGAGGUCGGGCUGUAGCCUUCCGCUUUAUUGCGCCGGCGUGUACUCAAAGACACCGCUGGCGACGGCGUCGCCGCUCGGCACGGUCCACACGUGCUCAGCAGCGCCGAUGUACCCGGGGCUUGGCUCGACACGAAGCACAAGCGGCGCGUUUUGUGGGACGGCCAGCUCGCCGGCCCACACGCCGGUGAUCAUCGAGCGCGAGAGCUCUGUCCACGGGCCGGCCGCGCUUGGCGCGGCGUAAACGGCGGCAGCGGCGGUGAAGGGCUCGUUGGGCGCGCCGCCGAGCAGCUCGACCCGGGCAGCAGCCGGCGAGGUGCGGUCAAUGCGAAUCGUGGCGGCCUGGGUGUAGACAUAGGUCGGAACGGCGAUGUUGCCGAAACAGCUCGCCAUGAGCCGGUCCAUAAAGGCGUCGGUGUAGUCGGCAAAGGUG